CCUCGCUCACCUCGCAGGUGGGGCCCCCUAAGGAGACGCAGAAGGGCAUCCCCAAGAAAGUCCACCCAUGGAGCCCGGCAGUUCAGUUGCUGGAGAACCAGGUGAAGGACAUGGAUGGACAGAUGCAGGACCUGGGCAAGCAGCUCAAGAGCCUGGAGAGCCAGCUGCGGGGCGUCAUGAGCCACGUGCAGCACCUGCCAGCCCAAGCCGGAGGCCCCUACCUGGACCCCCGGGAUUGGCUGGAGGACAAGGAGGUGGCCAAGAUGCCGCCUUCUGGGCCCCUGGGGACCCCUGGGCAUGCCGGACCUCCUGGGCAUGCCGGACCCCUUGGGCAUGCUGGACCCCCUGGGCAUGCCGGACCCCAUGGGCAUGCCGGACCCCCUGGGCAUACCGCGCAUACCGGGCCUGGGGGUCAUACUGGCACCCCCGGGCAUACUGGGCCUUCGGGGCCUUCCGGACCUUCCGGACCAUCCGGGCCUUCGGGACCUUCUGGGCCUUCGGGACCUUCCGGGCCUUCCAGCAAGGUGUCAAGAGACUGGCCCAGAAUUACAAAGGAUGGCAAGAUCAUGGGGAUGCUCCAGGAUGUCAUGAGUGACGUGAAGGCCCUCAAAGAAAUCCAGCAAAAGGCAGAGGAGCUCGACUUUUUUCCCCAGAAAAUCCUGCAGAGGAUUGAAGACAUAGAAAAGAUGGUCAAAGAACGGGAUGAUUUUCUGGAAGUGGUGAACCGGAAGCUCAGUGUGAUGCCCUCCGGAGAAGAAGUCACCAUGGUCACCUGGGAGGAGCUGGAGCAAGCCAUUUCCGAUGGCUGGAGGGCCUCACAAGGGGUCAUAGAGACACCAGCAGGACUUAGGCGCAGAGGGCAGACUCCUGGAUCAUCAAGUGAUAAUAUUUUUUCAAGCGGAGUUGUCCCCAUAUAUCCAAGUGCUGACCAGGACAUAGGUCCUCUCAGUGACUUGGGCACAGAAAGGGCCUUAUCAAGACCCAGUGGUGUGGACCUUCUCACUGUAGAGCCUCCUGGGAGGGAACGAAGCAGAGGUUCCUUUUUAAGAGAAGUGCAUCCAAAGACAACUGUGUCAAAAGCCGGUCACCCUUCUGCACCCCAAGCGAAAGUGGAUUCAGAUCGUAGUCGCAGGACCAAAGAACCCCAGGGUGCAGCACUUCCAAGAAGAGACGAACGAGACACACACCCUGGCCCUGCCCAACCAGACUUCCCCAGAGAUCAGCAAGUGUACCCGGAGCAGCCUGGAGGGGUGCCCAGAGGCCAGGGGCCCAUCUAUUCAAGGCCAGAUUACUAUGGACUAGCACAGCCUAUCAUGGAUCAGUUUGUACUGCCACAUCCUAGCACUUAUCCGCAGGGUGCUGUACCCUAUAAUGUGGGCCAGGUUGGUAUGAUGCCACCUGGAAUGGAUGAACAAGGUAUAGUGCCUCCUCAUUUGGUACCUGGCAGAGCUCAGCAAAGAUUGGAUCAGCCUGGCAUGGCACUUCCUGGUACUGGCCAGCAGCGUAUGGCAAGGCCUGGCAUGGACAUGAGUAGUAUGGGGCCAUCGGGCAUGGGUCCACGAGGAUUGGUACCAUCUGGCAUGGAUCACUAUGCAUUCGUCUUACCUUUUACUGACCAGCAUGGUUUUGUAUCUGGUAUGAUACCAGGUGCUGCAGAUCAGCAAGUUCUUGGAGACCCCAGUUUAGGAAUGGCUGGCUUCAUACCACCUGGCACAGAUCAUUAUGAGGUGGUCCAAGCUGGGGCAGAUCAGCUUGGUUCUGUCCAACCUGGUGCAGAAGAACCUAGUGCAAGUCAGUAUGGUGCGGUGCAGCCUAGAACAGGUAAACGUGGUUUGGGCCCACGUGGUGUAGGUCAGCGUGGUUUAGCACAGCCUAGAACAGGUCAGCGUGGUUUGGUCCAACCGAGAGCAGAUUUGCAAGAUGGUUCAUAUUCAGCUGGUUUGGUGCAUCCUGAUACAGAGCAGCCUGGGUUGAUCCAGCCUGGUGCUUAUCCACCUGGUUUGGUACAACCUGGUGUACUUCCCAGUGGUUGGGUACAGCCUGGCAUAUACUCACCUACUUUGAUUCAGUCUGAUACGGGUCAUCCAGCUUUGGGUCAACCUGGGACAAGGCAGCCUGCUGCUGUUCAACCUGGUGUUUAUCCUGGUUUGGUCCAACCUGGUGCAGGUCAAGCUGGUUUGAUACAACCUGGAGUGGAUCAGCAAGGUUUGGUUCAACCUGGACUGUAUCCACGAGGCCCAGCACGACCCAGGGUGCAUCCACAAGGUUUGGCGCAACCUGGGGCAGGUCAGCCCGGUUUGGCGCAGCCUGGGGCACGCCAGCCCGGUUUGGCGCAGCCUGGGGCAGGUCAGCCCGGUUUGGCGCAGCCUGGGGCAGGUCAGCCCGGUUUGGCGCAGCCUGGGGCAGGUCAGCCCGGUUUGGCGCAGCCUGGGGCAGGUCAGCCCGGUUUGGCGCAGCCUGGGGCAGGUCAGCCCGGUUUGGCGCAGCCUGGGGCAGGUCAGCCCGGUUUGGCGCAGCCUGGGGCAGGUCAGCCCGGUUUGGUGCAGCCUGGAAUAUAUCCACCAGGUCUGAUACAACCUGGAGUGUAUCCACCAGGUCUGAUACAACCUGGAGUAUAUCCACCAGGUAUUCAACCUGGAGUAUAUCCACCAGGUAUUCAACCUAGAGUAUACCCACCAGGUUUUGUUCAACCUGGAAUGCCACAGCGAGGUUUGGUUCAACCUGGUGUAGGUCAGCCUGGUGUGGUGCAACCUGGACUGGGUCAUUAUGGUUUGGUGCGACCUGGAAUGGAUCAGGUUGGUUUAGUCCAACCUAUUGUAGGUCAGCCUAAUUUGGUACAACCUGGUGCAGGUCAGCCUGGUUUAGUGCAGCCUGGUGCAGGUCAGCCUGGUUUAGUGCAGCCUGGUGCAGGUCAGCCUGCUUUAGUGCAGCCUGGUGCAGGUCAGCCUGCUUUAGUGCAGCCUGGUGCAGGUCAGCCUGGUUUAGUGCAGCCUGGUGCAGGUCAGCCUGCUUUAGUGCAGCCUGGUGCAGGUCAGCCUGGUUUAGUGCAGCCUGGUGCAGGUCAGCCUGCUUUAGUGCAGCCUAGUGCAGGUCAGCCUGCUUUAGUGCAGCCAGGUAUAGGUCAGGCUGGUUUGGUGCAGCCUGGAGCUGGUCCACCUGGUUUGGUGCAGCCUGGAGCUGGUCCACCUGGUUUGGUGCAGCCUGGAGCUGGUCCACCUGGUUUGGUGCAGCCUGGAGCUGGCCCACCUGGUUUGAUGCAGCCUGGAGCUGGUCCACCUGGUUUGGUGCAGCCUGGAGCUGGUCCACCUGGUUUGGUGCAGCCUGGAGCUGGUCCACCUGGUUUGGUGCAGCCUGGAGCUGGUCCACCUGGUUUGGUGCAGCCUGGAGCUGGUCCACCUGGUUUGGUGCAGCCUGGUGCAGGUCAACCUGGCUUGGUGCAGCCCAGUGCAGGUCUGUCUGGUUUGGUGCAGCCUGGUACCAGUCCACCUGUUUUGGUACAGCCUGGUGCUGGCCCACUUGGCUUGGUACAGCCUGGUGCAGGUCAGCCUGGCCUGGUGCAACCUGGUGCAGGUCGGCCCGGCUUGGUGCAACCUGGUGUGGGUCGGCCUGGCUUGGUACAGCCCGGUGUGGGUCGGCCCAGCUUGGUGCAGCCUGGUGUGGGUCGGCCUGGCUUGGUACAGCCAGGGAUAGGUCAGCCUGGUUUGGUGCAGCCUGGUGCAGGUCAGGCUGGCUUGGUGCAGCCUGGUGUUGGUCAGCCUGGUUUGGUGCAGCCAGGUGCAGGUCUGUCUGGUUUGGUGCAGCCUGGUGCUGAUCAGGCUGGUUUGGUGGAAUCCGGUGCCGAUCAGGCUGGUUUGGUGGAACCAGGUGCCGAUCAGGCUGGAUUGGUGCAGCCCGGUGUCGAUCAGGCUGGUUUGGUGCAGCCCGGUGUCGAUCAGGCUGGUUUGGUGCAGCCCGGUGCCGAUCAGGCUGGUUUGGUGCAGCCCGGUGCCGAUCAGGCUGGUUUGGUGCAGCCUGGUGCCGAUCAGGCUGGUUUGGUGCAGCCUGGUGCCGAUCAAGCUGGUUUGAUGCAGCCUGGUGCCGAUCUGGCUGGUUUGAUGCAGCCUGGAGCCAGUCCACCUGGUUUGGUGCAGCCUGGUGCAGGCCAGCCUGGUAUGGUGCAGCCUGGUGCAAGCCAGCCUGGUAUGGUACCACCUGGUGUGAGUCCGAGUUCUUUGGUACAGCCAGGUGCAGAUUCACAUGGCUUUUUACAACCUGGUAUAUAUAGGCCUGGUUUGAUCCAACCUGGUGCAUUUCCACCUGGCGCAUUUCCACCUGGUGCAGUUCCACCUGGUGCAUUUCCACCUGGCGCAUUUCCACCUGGCGCAUUUCCACCUGGCGCAUUUCCACCUGGCGCAUUUCCACCUGGCACUUAUCCACCUGGUUUGGUCCAGCCUGGUGCCUAUCCUCUUGGUCCAACACAGCCUGUCCUCCCCCGUGGUUUUGUCCAGCCUGGUGCCUAUCAGCGUGCUUUGGGUCAACCAGGAAUUGGUCAACGAGGCUGGGUACCACCAAGCACAGAACCUCGUGGCUUUCCGACAUCCCAAGCAGAUUCCCAACGUUUACCAUCGUCAUAUCCUCGUCGGUAUGACAUGGAGCCUCCUGGCAGAGGUCAGCAGGCCCAUGUGCCAUCUCUCCAAGACAGUCAAAGUUUGUCAACAUCAGGUCAAGACCAAGAAGAUUUGAUGAAGGCUGGUACCAGUGAUCUUGAACCAACACCAUUAGGCACAGGUGUGGGAUCCAGCUAUCCUGAUCACCUGCAUUUGGUUUCACCUGAUAUGGAUCGGCAAGAUCAGAUGUAUCCAGGUGUAGGCCUGCGCGACCAGGCAUACCUUACCCCAGAGUUCCUUGGUCUAAGGCCCCUGCCGGUAGAUCAGUAUAUACAGGAAGGUUUGGAUCCAAAUCAACGUGAAACUUCAGUUCCAGUGACUCCAAGCACAGUUAACGUCUUUUAUAGGAGCACAGACUCCCUUGAUUACACCACACGAGUCUCAUCAGAAACUGGUGAUAUUCAGAGUGCGAGACGGGAUUCGCUGGAGAAAUUGGCUCCUAACUUCCCCAUAGCAGUGGAAACAUUUCGUAUGGUAGGAGAGGUCAUUGGCAUCUACUCGGAGCUGAAGGAGAAGAUGAAGGAGCUGGAUAUAGCACAAGGCCAAACGGACGCGGAUAGACUGCAGUACUUGGUGGCCUCAAUGGUCCAAAAGGUCAUACCCCCUGACAUACAGGAACAGUUGAAAACCUUAAAGACUUUGAGCAAAGAAGUUCGACAGGAAAAAGCAAAACUGCAAAGAAUCCUGGAUACUGAAGGGGAUGCCGAAUCAGGAACAGAGCUGAAAGCUGGCAAGCUGGGCUUGCAGCUGAGUAUCCUCAGAGUCAGUGUGGCCGACAUUGAGAAGGAGCUGGCUGAGCUAAGGGAACGCCAGGAACGGGGCAAGGUCAGCAUGGAACACUCGGUCUCGGAAGCCUCCCUUUAUCUACAGGAACAGCUGGACAGACUCAGGGCAAUCAUUGAGAACAUGCUGGCCUCCUCGUCCACACUGCUUUCUAUGAGCAUGACUCCACCCAAGGCCCAUCCAGACUUGGCGCCCGGCAGGAUCGACCCAGAGGCCACCUGUCCAGCGUGCAGCCUUGACCUGAGCCACCAGGUCAGCACGCUGGUGCAGCGCUACGAGCAGCUGCAGGACAUGGUCAACAACCUGGCAGCCUCCCGGCCCUCCAAGAAAACCAAGCUCCAGAGCCAGGAUGAAGAGCUCCUGGGCCAUGUCCAGAGCGCCAUCCUGCAGGUACAGGGUGACUGUGAGAAGCUCAACACCACCACCAGCAACCUCAUCGAGGACCAUCGACAGAAACAAAAGGAUAUCAACAUGUUGUAUCAGGGCCUAGAGAAGCUGGAGAGGGAGAAGGCCAACAGGGAGCACCUGGAGAUGGAAAUUGAUGUGAAAGCUGACAAGCGUGACCUGGCGGCCACGGUGAGCCGUGUCCAGUUUGAUGAGACCACAGAGCAGCUAAACCACAUGAUGAAGGAGUUGGUGGCCAAGAUCAGCGGGCAGGAGCAGGAUUGGCAGAAGAUGGUGGACAAGCUCCUGGUGGAGAUGGACAGCAAACUGGACCGUCUGGAGCUGGACCCUGUGAAGCAGAUGCUGGAGGAUCGGUGGAAAUCACUGCGCCAGCAGCUCAAAGAACGCUCUCCGCUUUACCAGGCAGAUGAAGCGGCCGCCAUGCGGAGACAACUUUUGGCACAUUUCCACUGCUUGUCAUGUGACCGACCCUUGGAGGCAUCUGUGCCUGGACAGGUCAUCCCUGUGACUCCUGUGGCCCAGAGCCUGCCUGGGCACCGGUCCACUCGUCCCUACACCGUCUUUGAACUGGAGCAGGUCCGCCAGCAGGGCCGCAGCACCCUGAAGGUGGGCAGCCCCUUCCCCCGGAUCGACGUGACGCAGGCAGACCGCAGGGUGGGGCGUCUGCGCAGCAUGCACUCCAAGAUGCUCAUGGACAUCGAGAAGGUGCAGAUCCAUUUUGGAGGUUCCGUCCGGGCCAGCAGUCAGAUGAUCCGAGAGCUGCUGCAUGCCCAGUGCCUCACCUCCCCCUGCUACAAGCGGAUGCCAGACCUGUCCAAUUACACCUACUCCACGGUGCCUCGGCGCUGCGGGGGCAGCCACACCCUCACCUACCCCUACCGCCGCACCCGCCUGCAGCACCUGUCGCAGGGCCUGUAUGCCCCGGAGGAGAUUCAGGUUGCUAUGAAGGUGAGGGUGCCACCUGCAGGGGUGGAGGAGGGCCCCAGCAGGACCCUGAUUAUCAGCUGCUUCUGGGAAAGCCACCAGCUGUCACUCUACCCUCUGCCAGGCUCAGGACCCAGUUAAAGCCUCUGCCAGUCACCGCCUGGCACCUCCCUUCACCUGCUGCUCUGCCCUGGGGUCACCCAGAGCCCCCGGGAGGGGCUGAGCAUAGGUGCUGGGACUCAGCAGAGCAGUCAGCCACAGACACUCCAUAGUACUGAACACCGCCCCUCCACAGCAUGAUGAGGUGGAUAUCCUGGGCCUGGAUGGACACAUUUAUAAAGGACGGAUGGACACAAGGCUACCCUGUAUCCUGAGCAAAGACUGUGAGUGUGCCCACAGCCCAAAAGGCCCUGUAGGCUUCUUCUGUGGCUUCC